AAAUGACUUGGUAAAAGAAAAACUUCCCUAACAACUUCGAGCCAUAAGCCAACAUCCUCUGUCUUCAGACGUGGGCUGGAAACUGCACGGGGAUAUCUCGGACUUUUAGAGUGAAAAGACCUCCAGCUGAAUUGCCAUUAAACAGAGGCCAGUCCACCUGGCCUGAAAUGAGGUGAUGGAUUUGUAGAUAUAGUCAUUGGAAAAUGGGAUGGGUUUCAUCUGAAUUGAGGAACCAUGGAUAGCAAGGUCCCAGGAGCAGUCGGGAAUGGGGAAUCUUUUCCAGUGCAGCCUUUGAUGGAGAAGGAGCCUCAAGAUGAAAGCGGCAAACAUAUGACAGAAAGGGGUCAAUGGAAGAACAAGAUGGAGUUUGUGUUGUCAGUGGCCGGAGAGAUCAUUGGACUGGGCAAUGUAUGGAGGUUUCCAUACCUGUGCUACAAGAAUGGAGGAGGAGCCUUCUUCAUUCCAUAUCUCAUCUUCCUUUUCACCUGUGGAAUUCCAGUCUUCUUCCUAGAGACAGCACUGGGGCAAUAUACCAGUCAGGGAGGGGUCACAUCAUGGCGUAAGAUCUGCCCCAUCUUUGAAGGCAUCGGGUACUCAUCUCAAGUCAUCGUAAUUCUGCUGAACUUCUAUUAUAUUGUAGUCUUGGCAUGGGCAUUCUUUUAUCUCUUUAAUUCCUUCACAUCUGACCUUCCCUGGGCUUCCUGCAACAAUUUAUGGAACACAGAGAACUGUAUAGAUUUUCACAAGAGCAACAACACUCACAACAUGACAAUAAAUGGAACAUCCAGCGUCAUUGAGUUUUGGGAGAGGCGAGUACUUAGCAUAUCAGAUGGCAUUGAUCAGAUCGGGAGCCUACGUUGGGAGCUUGCUCUGUGUCUCCUGCUGGCCUGGAUAAUCUGCUACUUCUGUAUCUGGAAGGGGGUUAAAUCAACUGGAAAGGUUGUUUACUUUACGGCAACUUUUCCUUACUUGAUGCUGAUUGUUUUGCUUAUCCGAGGGGUCUCAUUGCCUGGUGCUCUGCAAGGCAUUCAGUUCUACCUGUACCCAGACCUCAGCCGGCUUCAGGAUCCGCAGGUCUGGAUGGACGCUGGAACACAGAUCUUUUUCUCCUUUGCCAUUUGCUUGGGAUGUCUGACAGCAUUGGGAAGCUACAAUCAAUAUCACAACAACUGCUAUAGAGAUUGCAUCGCUUUAUGCUUUCUGAAUAGCGGCACAAGUUUCGUGGCUGGAUUCGCCAUCUUUUCCAUCUUGGGUUUUAUGGCAGAAGAGCAAGGUGUGCCAAUAUCGGAGGUGGCAGAAUCUGGUCCAGGUUUAGCUUUUAUUGCCUACCCCCGAGCUGUUUCUAUGAUGCCAUUCUCUCCACUUUGGGCCUGUUUCUUCUUCAUCAUGGUCAUUCUUCUGGGUCUGGACAGUCAGUUUGUGUGUGUGGAGAGCCUGGUCACCUCUUUGGUGGACAUGUAUCCCAGGACCUUUCGCAAAAAGAACCGCCGUGAGCUACUUAUCCUGGUUGUCUGCAUCUUCUCCUUCCUUAUUGGUCUUGUCAUGUUGACAGAGGGUGGCAUGUAUGUGUUUCAGCUAUUUGACUAUUAUGCUGCCAGUGGAAUGUGCCUGCUGUUUGUCGCCAUCUUUGAGACCCUCUGCAUUGGUUGGGUAUAUGGUGCCGAUAACUUCUACGACAAUGUGGAACAUAUGAUUGGCUACAGACCCUUGCCCAUUAUCAAAUACUGCUGGUUGUUUAUUACUCCUGCGGUGUGCCUGGCCACAUUUAUCUUCUCACUGGUGAAAUACACUCCUCUUCAGUAUAACAAGCGUUAUACUUACCCCUGGUGGGGGGAUGCUGUGGGCUGGCUGCUAGCACUGUCGUCUAUGAUUUGUACCCCACUCUGGAUUUGUUACAAAGUUUCGACAAUCAAAGGACCUAUUGUAGAGAGAUUUCGGCAGCUGACAUGCCCAGACCCAUAUCUGCCUCAGAAACCUUUACGAGAGCACCAGACACAACCGAUGACUGUAUCAAAACUAGAUGAAUCACAGUGUUAGGACAUACAGCUAUGUGAUUUACACCGUCGGACCCAAGUCUGGAGUGAAACCAUUGUAAAUACAUAGAGAACCCAUGAUGGUAUCAAAUGCAUGUAUGACCUUAUUAACGUUCAGAUCUGAAAGAUAUUUUCAGAGUGUGGAGAAAACCCAUGAGACAAUGCUAUUCCGUUCAUUUAAGUCCUUUUUUUUUUGUGACUUGCCACAUUUUCUCUCAGCGAAUCUGGUGAUAAAACCAAUGGAAACUCUAUGAGUAGAGUAUAAUAGUAUAAGAUUUGAUGAAAACAGAAGAAACGGCAUCUUAACUGCAUUGGUGAGGAGUCCAUGUGCUGUGAUCUCCAUUAAAAUUCUAUACAAAAUGUUUUCAGCGCUGAGUAAACAUCUGGUGAUGUGCCGUUUCGGACAUUGGUAAAAGUCUUAUUUCACUGAAUCCCAACAGUAUUAUUCUCAAAUUUCCGUUUUCAUGUCAGAACCUUGAGAAGACCAACCAUGAUGUAGAUUUUUGUUCAUGAAUUUUAAUUUCUCUUAUAUCCUUAGUUACAUUGCUAUGUUCUUUGAGAAGAUCAUCCCACAAAAAAAAAAGCACAACUCAAAAAUUCUACAUGGUGUAUCAGUGAACAGUGGGAGGAAAGUGGCAUAGAUUUAGUUGUGCAGACGUUUACGUCAAUGCAAACUUUCUAUAUUGAGAUUUCGUUUUGCAGAUGCGACAUAAGACCUUUUCCCUGGCUUUUCUAUGUGAAGAUCGUUGUUCGAAAGAUCAUCUCAGAGGCCCUGGUUACUGGGUGUUGUCCUGACCUUCCAAUGGAUCAUAUGUGAAAUGAAUUAUUAUGGAAAAAGUGCAAUUCUUGAAAU